GUGUUCAUCGAAAUCCCCUUUAAAUCAAUUGUAUUUGUCGUCGAACUGUAUAAAAAGCAUUUAACAUGCAUAGUACAAAUCGAGUGUAAUUAAUAAUAUGAAAAGUGGGAUUAAGUAGCGCGCUAACUAUUUAGCCAGUUUUCCGUGUUGUCUAGGAAACGGAAACGCGCAAACAAAAGACGCAGGAUGUGACUCACGAGCCAACAAUUUCAAUUUUAGAAACUUUUCUCCUGGCAACCAUGGUGCGGUCUGCCAGAAAUAAAGAUGUCCCGUCUUUAGACAUUUAUUCUGAAGAUGAAGAUAAUACUGCAUUAACAGGAAUAAGCAACACUUUGGGGGAAACAAAUGAAGCUUCGUAUGAGAGCGGCGUGAACCGCAGGGUAACGCCUGGGCGGCUCCCCGUACGGCAGCGGUACUGGAAAGACACACACCUGUGGCCCGCUCGUAUAUUCUCUGUGCUAUGCAGCAUAGUCAUCGUCUCAUUCAUCGCUGUGCUGAUAUCAUUCUUAUACAUCGUAUUAAAAGAUUUAAGAGCAGAAAGGAUAACCACUGAAGACGGAUCAGAAGUGAAACUCCUGGGUUUUUGGAGUAUUUUGGUCCUGUCUUCUGUGGCUGGAGUUUUGUGCUGCAGUUUCUCCUGGACCCUAACCUACUUUGACUCCUUUGAGCCAGGAAUGUUCCCUCCAACUCCUCUUUCUUCAGCCAGACUCAAAAGAAUGACCGGACACUCUUUCCACAUGGGCUACAGUAUGGCAAUACUCAAUGGAAUAGUGGCUGCUCUCACUUUUAUGUGGUAUCUCAACUGAUGCUCCUCAACUACCGGCCAUCUGCGGAGACCUCGACUGUCAUUUAACUCGCAAUUAUCAGGAGGCAAUUCCAAGUUUAAUGGCAGGAGGAACGGUCAAAUAAUGUUACUAAUAUUACUACAGAUAAAAAUUGAAAAAAAAUGAACAAAAACAAAAAAUUGAAUACUAGUCUAAAACUUUAUUACAUUUAAAUUUCUCAGUUGUUAAGACACUGAAUAAAACAGUAAGUACAUAGACUAAAAAAAGAUGGACAACGUGUCUCCACUUCCUUCCACUGUAGAAAAAUGAAGCCAAAAUGUCCCGUUGAUAUCUUGUGCCGAUUACAUCAUUCGGAGCCUAAAGGGAUCCUGAGGUGGAGCUGCGGUAUCAAGGUCCCGCUCACACUUCAGCAGACUCAAUCACAGAUUCGCAAGCACAGCUGUCAAUCAUGACGUCACAUCCCAUUUUUAUAGCAUCAAAUAACUAACUAAAACCAAACUGAUUGGAAAAACAAAACUUGAACAUACAUCUGCAUGAUAAGAACUACCUAAAAUGACAGAAACCAUCUUCGGAAAACAUGUUUUUGUUGGUUCUCUUAUGUCCUAUUCGAUUACAUAGAGAGGGUGGGGUUUAUGACCUAUACUGCAGCCAGCCACCAGGGGGUGAUCAAAAUGUUUUGGCUUCACUUUUCAGGAUGUGUGCGGCACACUUGGUAAAGUCCAAUGUUUUUUUUUUUGUUUUUUUUUAGAGGAUUUCUCAUAUUUUCAUAUGCUAAUUUGAUAAAUUCAAUAAACGCACAAUGACUUUUUCUUAAUGGACUACAUUUCAGUAAAAUAACAUUAGGGAUGUCAGGGUCUCUUUGUUUCCCAGUUAUUUUGUCUGAUAAAAGGCUUUUAUUACAGAAUCGUGUUGCAGCAGCUUUUUACCAUUACAAUAGCAGUGCAUUAAAUCUGCUUUUUGCCCUUUUGAUGUCAUUCAUUCAGUGGGACAACACAUACAGUAAAUGCCAUUUAAGACUUUCUAAAUAAAUUGGAUGUGCCUUGUAGGACCUCCUCUUAGCAAAGACUAGAGUCCCUUUGCAGUUAUGCUUUAUUAAAGCUGGAAGUUGCUGCUCUAUUGAGCGUUUUAAUGGGGGAAAUCAUUAAUACAAUAGCUGUUUUGUGGUUGAUGGAGAGUGACCGUGUUAAAGCUUUGUUGAGAGCCUGGGAGAAGGUCAGAGAGUGUACAAGUGUGGAUUUAAUUUAUGACUUUAAUUAUUUGAUGCGGACUCUGCCAGGCUAUGAUUACUUUUUUCUUCUUCAUUAGAUUAGCAGGCCCUGUAGCGACUCAUUUCAGCUAUGAACUGGUCUGUCUCGUUUAUAUAUGGAGUAUUAAUGUAUUGCCGCCUCUGUGAGUGUAUGUGGCUCCUAUAAUUUGUUUUCCUUUACAAGACAUUUCCAUCUUCAUUUUAUCACAUUUAAAUAGACAUUAAAGGGUUAGUUCACCCAAAAAUUAAAAUUCUAUUUUCAUUUACUCACACUCAUGUCGUUCUAAACCCAUAAAGGCCCGUUCACACCAAGAACGAUAUUAUGACGUUAACUAUAUUUGAUAACGGUCUGUUUAUUCUAAGCUCACGCGCUGCGGUUUCAAAGUGUGAACAACAUGUUUUUUCUGUUCUUGUUGCAUUUACACUGCUUUAACCAGCAGAUGUCCUCAGCAUGCUGUUUCGAGUGAAUAGCUAGUGUAAUCGAUCUAAUCUAACAGUCAAUUGAGCUGACGAAGUCAAUAUAGUGGAAUAAAAACAACACCUAGUCUUUUUCACCGCAACUUCAAAGGAAGAUAGACAAUGUUGUCGAAACUAGCGCUGGAUACCUGAGGUCAUUUUAUGUUACACUGUUUAAAGAAAAUGGCUAGCAUUUUCUUUAAAGUAUCCUUGAAAAGGGGGUUUGGCUUGUCAAACAUUGGUGGCUUUUUCUGAACCUUGGUGAUUAACUUCUCCGCAAUGACGUCUGCCAUUUUAAAUGCGCGAAGCACUUAAAUUAGAACGGAUUCUGAUUGACUGUCAGUGUUUUAUUGUUCAACAGCUGGAAAAAGUGAUCGUUCUGAAAGUGAUCCCAAUGAUAUUGUUUCUCUAUAUCGUUAUCGUUAUAGCUGUGGUGUGGACAGUGCUAUUCUUUUAUAUUUAGAACGAUUUUUAGAACUAUAUCUUUAUCGUUAAGACUUUCGUUUAUCUUUGAAACACAAAUGAAGAUAUUUUAAUGAAAUCUGAGAGAUUUCUGUCCCUCCACAGACAGUCCACACAACUUUCAUUAUAUAAAGUGAUUGAGUCUCUUCAGAAAAUUUGGACUUUGGAUUCAUAUGGAUUCGUUUUUUGAUCUCUUUAUGAACUUUUUGAAGUGACAAAGUGGUAGUUGCAUCAUGGACUGUCAAUGGAGAGACCGAUAUCUUUUACAUUUCAUUUAAAAUAUCUUCAUUUGUGUAUCAAAGAUUAAUGAAAGUCUUAAGGUUUUGGAAAGACAUGAGGGUGAGUAAUAAUGACAAUUUUUUCAUUUUUGGGUGAACUAACCCUUUAAUUCUUGUUUGUUGAGAUUUUUAGCAUUUCCAGAAGUAGUUUAUCCAUCUCAGAACCUGUUGCACCUACAUUAGUCAGGUAUUUUAAGGUAAAAGAAAGAUGAUUGUAUGCGUGCGUGAGCACACUCUCCAUGUUUUUGUUGUUUAGCCUUACAAAACCCAUUCUUGCUUGACUUAGUGAUAAAGUGUCUCUUUUAAUGCUGAUUCUGUUGAGGUGAAGGUCUGUCUAAAGUAAACCAUCCCACUCACCUUCAGUCGUGCAGCGCAGCUGUCACAGACAAUAUCCCAUCCUGAAACCACCUGACUUGGACGUUGACUGAUUUGCUUACUUGUUUUCCUGCCAUUUAAAUAAUCAGGGAUGUAAAAACAACACUGGAAUAUUCAUUGCUUACCCAAGAAGUGGGAUAUUGUGUCAAAUAACGCUAGCAGAAUGAAUAUUGUAAGAAUUUAUUUAUGCAAAAAGCAAUAAAUUUGCAGUUUAAAUAAAAAAUGGUUCUUUUUU